UAGUGAUUACUUAUUUCUAAUAGGGUGCAUUCAGACGCUUCUUCUAUGUUUAAAUCGGUAGGUCUUUUUUAAUAGGGUCUAAAUUGUAUUAUUUUUGUUUUGGCUGUAUUUAUUAAUAGGUUGUGUUCCUGUAACCGGUGAAUGUCUUCAACAGACUGAUUGUCUUACAUUUAUGAAAACAGUACCUAUAGACGUAUUUCCGAUUUUAAAACUAAAUUAUUAAAGAAAAUAUAUCCCAUGCGUUGAUAUUGAUCUAGUAUCACCGGUUAUUAAACAUCCCAUUAUUAUUAUACCCAUUAUUAUACAUUAUUAUUAAAAUUUUAUUUUGACACCUCCAAAUUUUAUUAGUACUAGUACUCUGACAUUGGGGACCUUUUACAUCUCCAGAUUUAAUGUGUUUUUAACCAUAGAGACUAUACAUCUCUAUUGUAUUGUAGUAAUUAUUUAUUUUAAGAUUAUUAUAAUGUAAUAUUUACCCAGGUAUUGGCUGUUGUAUUUAUAAAAUGUUGUUAUGUAUUUUUCAUGUCACUAUAUGAUGUUACUAUAAAUGUUGUAUUGACUUGUAAAAGAGCCCUUGAGGCCUACUUGCAGAAUAAAUUUUUGAAUUUUGACCUUGGGUACGAUUGGAGUCCGAUUUAUGAUCUUUGGGCUAUUUGUCGAUAACACCGCGAUAAUAGUCAUCAUCGUCAGAAUAGGUCAAUAAAAAACACAUCGUUAUCUCAAAGUGGGCGUUUACCAUAUCAAAUUCCCUGAAGCCAUUACUACAACGAAUUAGCAGUUAGCCACCAAACAUGGCCUCAUACACUUAUAUUUGUAUUUUAGCCAUUAUUAUUAAGUUCAGUUAUGGCCAAGAUUGUGCUUUAGAGUCCUUAUGGCCAUCAGAAGUCCCUGUAGAAAAGAGACUGGAAACUAAAAUACUUAAUUGUUACGAUUAUAGAGAAUCACCAAACAGUAACACCACAAAAAGAGUAGAAGUAGAAGUGGCUUACAUGAUACAAAUGCUACGAUUUGACGAUCAAGAAGAAGUACUUACUAUUUACAGUUGGACAAUCAUGGAAUGGGAGGAUGCUAGAUUGAAGUGGGAUUUGGACCAUUAUAAAGGUAUCAAGACAACGAUUUUAAACUUCUAUGAUAUUUGGACGCCAGAAUUAAAGGUCAAAAACUACGAGAUUGAAGAUUCCGAAUCGUUUAUAACUAUUUAUGAAUGUUUAGUGAACAAUACUGGUCAUGUUAGAUGUAUACAAUCUAAUGUACAUUCUCUUAUGUGCAGUUCUGCAAUGAAAGAUUGGCCAUACGACAGAAAAUACUGCAAUUUAAAGAUAGACGAUGACUCAUGGUCACAGAGCGAAGCAAACAUAGUGUUCACAAAGUUUAAGUUCUUAUCAUUUGAGGACACGUAUACUGCCUGGAGACUGAUACAUUCUGAGGAACAUCUGAAUUUAACUAGAGAUUAUCAAGCUUCUAUAGAAUUUGUUUUGGAAAGAGUGGCAGAAGGUCUGGAAGCUGCUAUAGUGGUUCCAGCUUUUGUGAUGUCCGUGCUAACUAUAAUAACAUUCUUUUUGAAUGUUAACGCCAACGUAAGGUUAGGAAUGUUGUGUACCAGUUUAUUCAGCCAUUAUUUGUUUUUAACUGAAGUUAACAAAAGCAUACCGAAGCAUAGUGUCGAUGCUCCUAAAAUUUUACUUUUUAUUACUGGUUCUAUGACAAUGACGUUGAUGAACAUAGUAUUAACAUUGACUUUGAAGUAUUUAUGCUCACGUAAAUCUUCUCCACCUGUUUUAGUUACUUCAAUUAAUUAUCUUAUUCUAAAUGGAUAUGGUGAGUAUUUGGUUUUCCCAAGGUGGAGCGCUAUUAUUGACAACAAAAGUGUCUUGGACUCAAUAAGUCAAGAAACCGAAUGGUUUGAUUUCUCUAAUAUUAUCAAUAGCAUUGUCUUUAUCGUCAGUGUAAUUACUUAUAUAGUUAUGUAUUCUAUUUACUUGCCUCAUGAGGAUUACAUACCUACCACAAAUUGAUUAAAUUCCUAAAUGAAAGUGUUUAUGAACGAAUGAAUGAAUGAAUUAAUAUUUUUAUUUCAUGUAACACAUGGACACAUAUUUUCAUUAGUAGAACUUACAAACUAAGGGGUUAGUAAGUACAGCAAAAAUUUAUUUAAAAUAAAACAACACUGAUGGGGGAAUGCAAUCCCUCACAGUGGGACAAGUAGGGACAGUCAACCCUAUCCGCUAUCAUUCGUAGGAUGCUGUUGGGACUGCCACGCACCCGGCGCACCAGGGAUGCUGCGCGUGCACGCAUGGUAGUAUUAUAAAAACAGUCCACGUGCGCCGUCACGAACAUCCCCGAUGGGCCCGAUGCUCUACAGAAACGGGGCAGCCCCAUCAGCACCCGGAACGCAUUAUUGUACUGGACCCUAAGGGCCCCGUUGCCCGUUGCGUAUACUGCGCCCACAAAUUGCAAGUGUAGAGGGUAGUGCAAAAUGCCCUCAACAGUGUGACUUUAACCUGUUUUGAGCACCUUGCAAAUCUGCGGGCGAUCAUAUUCGCCCGGACCGACAGAGCCCUUCGUUCCCUCUCCGUAUCCAGGUCGUCCUUGAGGUCGGUCGCGAGAACAUGGCCUAGGUACUUAAAAUGGUCCACUCUAUCUAUGGGGGCACCAUUGAGGCAAAUAGCAGGAACAUCCAUUGUCUUCUUGCGACCGCACUCAAACACCAUGAACUGACUCUUGGUUGCGUUAUAUUUAAGACCAUGAUUUGAGACAUACGUUUCGCAAAUUCGCAACAGUUUACGCAGCCCACACACCGACGCGCUCAGCAGCACCAUGUCGUCCGCAUAGCUUAUGUUGUUGACACAAACUCCAUCCACAUGACAGCCGACAUGGGUUUUACUGAGCGCCUCGAUUAGUCCAUUAUAACAUACAGAUUGAAGAGAGUGGGUGAAGUGAAGCCCCCCUGUCUCACCCCACACUCCAACCUGUACUCAUCAGAUAACACGUCUGCCCAACUAACGCAGUUGACCUGGUUUCCAUAGCAAUACUUAAAUAUUCGAAUGGUUUCCUGCGGUACACUGGUAUUCUCCAGCUUCUUCCACAGUAUAUCAUAGGAAACCAGGUCAAGGAAACAGGCUACCACCGGGGUUUUACUUUUGGCAUAAUACCUGACAGUGUGCUUAAGACAUAGGAUCGCAGACUCAGUAGAUAACUGUGGUCGGAAACCUAGUUGGUUAUCAUGCAGUUUCACAUGGCUAUUUAACUGGGAGUUAAGCACACUAUCAAGUAUUUUUGCCAUGACUGUUGCUAACGAAAUGGAUUUGUAGUUACUCCUAUCUGCCAGGUCUCCGGUCCUGUUUUUGACAAUAUGUACGACGAUCGUCCGCAUUAAAUUAUCUGGCAGAUAAGAAUGCCUGAUACACAAGGUUUAAAACAUUGCCAACACUCUCGAUAUGUGGGGACCUGCAUGUUGGAGGUGCUCAAUAGAGAGACCGUCGUAUCCCGGAGAUUUACCUCCAGACAUUGAUUUUAUAAUUUAUCAAUGUCCUUAGCAGUAAGGCUAGGACCCACACUCUCUAUCUCGGCCUCACUAUCUAACCCCUCCAACUUUGAUCGUGCAAUCGUCUGACUAAUAAUGUGUUUUAUUAUUUUUAAAUUGGCGAAUUGACUCUCUAUCAUGUUAGUAUAGGUGUAAAACUAAAAUUACCUAUUAUCAACAUUUUAAUUAUUGAUUAAACUAUAUCUUAAAAGAUAUUAAUCACUUAUUUUCAUAAUUCACGCUCAAAGACAUCCACACCUUGAGGUACGAGGGAAAUAUCUAUAUUAACUCUUUUUCAUUAAGCUAUAUAAAAAGUUACGUUUGCUCUAUUGUGUCAUCGCCAUCAAACAUACGUCCACAGCAAUAAUAUUUACAAUGGUCAGACCGGACCACCUAUCUAGUUUACUGAAUGUAAUUAUCAACCCUGAACCAUUUGCAAAUGGUGUGGUGUCAAAUGACACACGAUAACGUCAGGGGGCGUUGUCGUACUAAGUUUCAGUCAGCCAAUUCAGUGUUAAAACAGAUAUGAUCGAGCCAUGUUCUCGCAAAUAGUCCUACUAAUAUUUCUCGGCAUACUUUAUCCCUCGUAUUCGCAAGAUUGCGUAAUGUUGGUUACAAAAGAAGAUGCAUGGGAUAAAAAACUGCAUAUGGAUAAAAUGGCAAGUUAUGGUGACAGGCAACCACCGCGAAACCAGUCUUGUGUUCCCGUCAAAGUGCAUUUCCAAUUGAAGACAUUCGCUUUUGACGAAUAUGCAGAUAGAUUCACAGCUAAAUUGUGGACUCGUAUGAUUUGGAGAGACGAACGCCUCACUUGGUCGCCUGAAGAGUAUGGAGGAGUCAGCAAGAUGGUCGUGCUCCCAGCUGAUAUUUGGACGCCAUCAUUGAAACUACUUAACAGCGUCGAUCCGGACUACUUUAAUAUGGAUAUAGAAGAAUGCCUCGUCCACAAUAAUGGAGAAGUUAUGUGUGUUCCGGAAAUAAUAUACGAAUCAUUCUGUAAUGCUAAAUUAAGAGAUUGGCCGUUUGAUGUUCAGAAUUGUACCCUCCAGUUUGGCGAUGGUGAUAGACUUUCCUCUUCCAGAUUUCGCUUUAAAGGAAGAGGUUUAACGCUUGGCCUUGUAGAAUAUGGCAAUGGUUGGAAUAUUAUGCUGAAGGAUUUGAAGGAGGACCCCGAUUCUGACGUACAGCUGUCAUUUACUUUAAUAAUGGAAAGACAAGCGUCCGGUUUAGUAGCUGUAUUGGUUGGCCCUUGUUCCAUUCUUUGUAUAUUGACUACUACAUCUAUUUUGAUGAAUGUAAACUAUUAUAUCCGCUUGGGAUUUUUAUGUUUUAGUCUCAUAAGUCAUUUUGUAUUCUUAUUUUUUAUUGACGACUUUUUGCCAAAGCAUAGUGGCGAUACCCCCGUUAUAUUAUUCUUCGUCCGUGAUUCCAUAAUCUUGACAAUAACUUCAGUGCUUUUCACAUUUGUUUUGAGCAAAAUUGUAAAAAGAAAAACUGUACCAUUUGAAUGGGUAUCUUUAGUAUCAAACAAAGUGUUUUUUAGCUUUGGUCAGUACUUGAUUUUUCCAAGAUGGAGAGUGGAUCCUGAUUCUAAAGAUACUAAUGUAAAGAAUAAAGAGAUAUGGACCAAUAUGGCUAAUAUUUUGAACAGUGCUUAUUUGGUUGUAGAUAUUAUUGUUUAUAUAAUUUUGUUUAGAUCUUACAUGCCUAAACAACCACCAGCACAAUACUAACUGAAAAAUCACGAUUAAAAUUAUUUGCACACAA